AUUUAUCAACCGUCUUCUACCGAUGAGGAGAAAACAAUCGAUGACGAGGACGCUCUCGCCAAAGAGAGCUGGAACAAUCCCUCAGUGAACAAAUACCGACUCUGCUCAUGUUUGUCCCUGUUUCUUGCCGGGGGUUUAUUCUAUUCUUCCUACGGUGUAGGUAAAUCCCUCCCAGCCAUAACAGUCGGUCAGUCCGCCCAAGUGCAUCAAGCUAAAAGAACAUCUUAGGUCCUAAUCCCAGAGGUAAAUAGUUUGCACCGCGGUUUUUUCAAAGCUAAACCAGAAACCCCCAGCUCGAAAGAGACUACAAUAAAUCGCAUGCUUCAGUCUCCCUAAUAUUCAUUGGGGACCUGGUCAGUUCCACCGUUGCAGCCGCUGUAACCAACAUAACCCACCUGUCACUCGGGCGUCGUGGGGCCGGAGUUAUAGGGGCCUUAUGCCUGGGACUGGGUAGUCUUUUUUUAGCUCUGCAUCUUCCAUGGCCCGCCGUUCCGGUCAUGAUAUGUUUGGUAGUUUAUGGCGUCGCAGCUCUCGACUCGGCUGCUAGUGCCUGGAUUGGGGGUCUCCACCAUGCCAGCGGGUUUCUGGGGGUAUUGCAAGGUUGCUUUGGUAUCGGGUCUACCAUUGCUCCAUCAAUUGCUCAGGCAGUGAUUCAGCGCGGUAUUCCGUACUACCGAUUUUACUAUCUUCCUGUUGGUCUACAAGGUGCUGUCAUAAGUCGCGGCUAACUGGGGGAAGUUUGCACUCUCGAUUCUUGGUGGUGUCGGAUUCCUGAUAUCUUUCUGGGACGAGAACGGCGAGAAGUAUACUCGGGAUACCAGCAGGUCGCACAAGCCAGAAGAGACCCAUGCAAAGGAGAUUUUGAAGAACAAGGUACUUUGCCCAGGUUAUACCCCGAAGCCAUGGUUGUUGACAGGAUAAGGUUUCUUGGAUCCUGGCGAUAUCCGUCCUACUAAAUUGGGGCGCUGACGGUGAAUACACACAUCGAUCCAUCUUGGCAUAAACUCACUAACUGUUUCAAAAAGCGACAACCAGUAGUUGGAUCGUGAGUAUCUGCCUUAGAAAGCUGAAAUUCCUCUCUGAUUAUCCAGAUUAUAUAUCUCACCGAGGGCCGCGGCGGCUCUUCUUCCAAGGCUAGUCUCGUUAAUUCAAUGUUCUGGUUCUCCUUCACCCUUGGUCGCUUCUUCCUAACAUGGGUACUUGGUGCACUUCCCCCCAAAUGGGGAGUGAAAGGCCCCGUGUCAUUCGUCAUCUGCCUAUGCUUAAUGUUGGAGCUCAUGUUCUGGCUUCUCCCAACCUUUGUUGGAUCUUCUGUUGCGUAGGUUCUACCUACACAGCCCGUUCUAACGAAACAUUGACAAUGCGCAGUGGUUGCCUACUCGGCUUCUUCUAUGGGCCACUAUACCCCCUGGUAACUUAAACCCUUGCUAUUACAGCAUAAAGAAACGGUUAACAAUGCUAGAUCCUAGGAACGCUGACUAAACUUUUACCGCGGCACUUGCACGUUUCCGCCAUUGGGAUCGGUAGCGCGUUCGGUGCUGUGGGGGUUUCUAGCUUUCCAAUCGUCGCAGGUGCAAUUGCUCAAUACAAAGGGCAUUCC